AUGGGAUCAGAAGAAGAACUUAAUGAUCUCCAGACAUCACUUGUUUAUUUGGUGCAGGAUUUAUGGUUAAGUUAUGCGAAUCUCGAAGAUAUUGUACAAUACUGUGAAGACAAGAUUAAAGAUGAAUAUUAUCAAAAAUCAAUUGUGGAAUUGGAGCAGGAUAUGAGAG